CUGCUGCCCUGAGUGCCAAGGACAGGAAAUCCUGGCAGAGGUUUGAACACUGCAGAGUCACAGAACAGCUGAGCACGGGACAGAGGGGGACAAAUCACCCGGGAGGCCACCGAUGCCCGUGCUCCCUUCUGCAGCCCCAGCCAGGGUGGGAGCCUCUCCAGCAGCUUGCCAUGCCCAACAGCAGCCUGGUGCUGAGCAGCCUGGAUGGGAUUUACAUCGGGACAGAGUGCCUGGUGGCUCUGUUUGCCACUUUGGGUAACAUCUUGGUCAUCUGGGUGGUGAAGCUCAACUCCACCUUCCAGAACACCACUCUCUACUUCAUCGCCUCCCUGGCACUGGCUGACAUCUCCGUGGGGAUCCUUGUCAUGCCCUUGGCCAUCGUGGUGAGCCUGGGCAUCAGUGUCCACUUCCAGACCUGCCUGUUCCUGUGCUGCCUGAUGGUGAUGUUCACCAGUGCCUCCAUCUUCUCCCUCUUGGCCAUCGCGGUCGACAGGUACCUGCGUGUGAAGCUGCCCACCAGAUACAAAAUAAUCACGACAGAGAGGAGAGUUUGGGGGGCACUGGGUCUGUGCUGGUCUCUGUCUCUGCUGGUGGGAUUGGUCCCCAUGUUCGGGUGGAACAAGAGAGAACAAAGAAACUCUGACUUGAUCAGGUGUCGAUUUACCUCUGUGAUGAGCAUGGACUACAUGGUGUAUUUUGGCUUCUUCACAUGGACCCUGAUCCCUCUGCUCAUCAUGAGUGCUCUGUAUGCUGAAAUCUUCUACAUCAUCCGCACCAAGCUGAGCCAGGGGACACCCAGUGUGAGAGGGGCUGGGGGGUUCUAUGGCCAGGAGUUCAAGGCAGCCAAAUCCCUGGCACUUGUUCUCUUCCUCUUUGCCAUAUCCUGGCUGCCUCUCUGCAUUAUAAACUGUGUUGCCUAUUUCCACCCCGAGUGUCAGAUCCCCCCCUACUUGAUGUACCUGGGAAUCCUCUUAUCCCAUGCCAACUCUGCCAUGAACCCCGUUGUCUAUGCUUGCAAGAUAAAGAAGUUCAAAACCACCUACCUGUUCAUUUUAAGGACCUACAUCCUGUGCCAAAAACCAGACCCUGUUCUUAGAGGACAAUCAACAGGGCAACAAGCAUAAAUAAACAGCAAACGUUGACCUGCCAGUGCCUAACAGAGCACUGAUAAAGCACUGAUAAACCACUGAUAAACCACUUCACUUUCGGAAACUCAUGGGAAAAUAGAGAAAAAUAAUUAAAAAAUAUAAAAACAAUUAAAAAAUAGAAAAACAGGGAAAAUACAGAUCUCAAGCCCACUUCAACAUACAAGUCCAAAUAUGUAUUUUUAUUAAAUCGUUUUAAAAUACAGAACAGAUACUAGAGACAAAUUUUGCCCAGUGUUGUGGAUUGUUUUUUCUAUAAGGAUUGACUGGGGGCACUGAAACCAGGCUGAGUGUUCCCUUUGCUGUUGGUACCCAGCAGUUUGCAGUGCAGCCAUGUCCUCACUGACUGUUCUUACACCCUUUGUCUUCUCUGUCAUUUUGGGCUAUAAAUUUGAAGUCUGGUCAACUUGUGCUGCAGUCAGUGCUGCCCCAUUUUUAUGAGUAAUAAUAAACAUUAAACUGAUUUUAUAUCC